AUGGAAAGCAGUUUGACUGCGGACCGUUUCGCAAAUGGUGUGCCAAACUACGGAUUCGAAAUUAUUAUAUAUUCCACUCCGAUUCAUCCACCGGCAAAUGGGCAAGUGGAAGCCACAAACAAAACAUUUCUCAAAACACUGAAGAAAAAGCUCGGCAAGAAGAUGGGAGCUUGGGCCGACUAUGUCCCCGAGGUACUAUGGGCCUAUCGUAUGACAACACGCACUCUCACUGGUGCUACUCCAUUCGCUUUAACUUUUGGUUCCGAGGCAGUCAUCCCUGUAGAAGUCAGAUCACCAAGCUUCCGGGUAUCACAUUACAAUCCGUGA